UAUUAAAAAAAAAAAUCUACUUAAAUUCCUCCCCAUUUCGCCUCUCUCUCUCUCUCUCUCUCUCUCGCUCUCGCGCUCUCUCCGUACCCAUCGCAUCCUCUCUUUGCGGUUUUAGAGAUCGCGAUCGAUCGGGCGAUCGAUCGGGCGAUCGACUGAUCGGGGCUUGAGGCGAGGAGGGGCGGUUUCGAUCUCCGAUCCUUGGGAUUUUGCGGCCGAUUCGUGUUUCGGAGGUUGCUCUGGUUGCUGUUGUCGAGCGGAUUUUGUGUAUUUGACUGAUAUCAGGAAAGUCUAUUGCGUGUUUUUUCUUUCCUUCCUUCCUUAGGAUUCAGGAGGCAAACACACUGGCCCCCAAGAAAGGAAAAGAUAAUACUAUGCAUUCCUACCCGGAAAUUGGGUCUAGUUCGAAUGCCUCUACCACAGAUCAGCACAAUUUACAUAUCAAUCCAAUAGAGGCCCAAAAUUUGCCAGGUUAUUUAUUCCCUUCUGGCGAUAGUCAUAUGCUAUAUGGUGAAAGGGAUAGUCAUGAAAAUGUGAACUUUAUCGAAGGUGGACAGAGAAUGGAAGUCGGAGGAUCUGAAGAAACUGAUAUGCUUCGUUUUGGGAAUAGGAAUUUAAACCUUAACAUUUCUCAGAUUGAUUAUAAUCAGCCUCUUCAGCAGAAUCAUAAUACAGAAAAUGCUAAUAUCAACUUCUUUCCGGAAGAGGGUGAUCAUCAUUCAUCUUGCAAGAGGAAGAGUAUUGAUGGAAUUCAAGGACAGUCUUCUACUCCUGGUAGUUCAAGUCAUCUUCACCACAGUGGAGAUAGAUUGUUGUUGUCUACUUCACCUCAUAAUGCUACUGGCAGUAAUUUACAUUUGCCUAGCUCAUCAACCCACCCUUGUCUACAUCCUCCGGUAGAAGAAAGCCUUCUAAGAAAUACUCGAAUGAGAAUUGACUUGAGUCAGAGUCAUAUAUCUCCUCCUAAUCCUAAUCCUAAUCCGUUUCCUCAAGUGAACAGUAGUUCUGCUAAUAGUAAUAAUUGGCCUACAACCCAUCAACCAUCUCCUUCUUUUAUUCCUGUACAUGAUUCAGAAGACUCCAUGUUAUUAGCUAAUGUUCCAAGCUCAUAUAGGCAUCCUCCUUUGCCAUCUUUUCCAAAUUUGCCUCAAGCUGUGCACCCGUUCCCACCGAGUGGGACUUCUAAUUUAAGAAUAGGAAGUUCUUCGAGUUCCUUAGAGAUCGCAGGUGAGCAGUCAACUUCAGAGGAAUCAAGUUCGAGCCGGCAGUCAAGCAGUACCGGAAGAAGAAACACACCUCAAAAUUGCCAUCGCUUAGCGGAGAUUUUGCGUAGGUCCAUGACUUCGCCAAAUGGUGGACCCCGGGAGAGAAAUCGGAGUGUUCUUCCACCACGCCAUCGUUCUUUCACCCCGUAUGUGGUUGGGACCCACCAAUCUGAAGCUGUUCUUCCAGAUCAUCACCAACCGUUCGUGAGAUCAGCACCGUUGAUAAAUAGGCAUAAUGAUGGGCACAAUGGUGUUCCCUUAUCCGUGCAGGCUUUGGCGGCUGCAAGAGAAGAAAGAAGCAGGAUGUUAUCAGAGAUACGCAACAUGCUAGAAUUUGUCCGGAGGCAGGAAAAUCUACGACUUGAGGAUGUUCUUUUCUUUGAUCGGUCUGGAUUCUUUGGGGGUGCCGAUUUGCACGACAGGCACCGAGACAUGCGGCUCGACGUUGACAAUAUGUCUUAUGAGGAACUUUUGGCAUUGGAAGAACGGAUAGGAAAUGUAAGCACGGGACUGAGCGAGGAAAAAAUUAUGAACCACUUGAAGCAGCGGAAAUAUUUCUCCCUUACAUUAGAACCAUUAGCAGAAACUGAACCGUGCUGUAUCUGUCGGGAAGAAUAUGUUGAAGGGGAUGAGCUGGGGAGGUUGGAUUGUGGGCAUGACUUUCAUACUGCAUGCAUCAAACAAUGGCUAGUGAUCAAGAACUUAUGUCCCAUCUGUAAAAACACUGCACUUAAUAGCUAAAAGAAAAAGAAAAAAAAAAAACUCAAAACCCCCCUCCCAAAAAAAAAAGAUAAGAAAAGAAUCGAUCGAGUCCUAAUUAUCUCUAAAUUCUGAGAGAAGUUGCAAUUGUUUUUUAUUCUCUUUUAUUGCGAUUAAAUACAAUGAUCUAUUAGAUACUUCAAUAUUAAGUUGGAUCUUGUUUGUGAAA